UGCUCAGUACAUGAAUAUUUAUAUGGCUAUCCUACUUUUUGUUUCUGAUUACAAAGCACACGAUUCAUUGAGUGUAAUAUACAAAUAACAUUGGAUUAAAAUAUAUUUAUCAGAUCGGUGUUUGAGAAAUUAUUUACUGCGGAUGGAGGCUUACCACAUUCCCAGAGGUACGUCAUCAAAAGCUUAGACAAUUUGAACGUAGCUCGGACGUUGUGUACGCUGUUUUCGGGGAGAAGGUAAAAAACAUGUGCAGCACAAAAGCCCGGUGAGAUGCGUGGAAAAUAAUUGAUUGUGAGGGUCGAUAAAGGAAACAAGAUUUGAAAAACAUUAACAACUAAAAAGAAGCAAAGCAUCUCAGAAAAUGACUGCAUUUUUGCCACCAAAUCUACUCGCACUUUUCGCCGCGAGAGACCCCAUAACAUAUCUACCACCGGCUGACAAACAAAGCCACGAGAAGAGAAGGGUGCCUUAUGGCGGAGUGGCAGUAUUUCUAAACGAGUUUGAGGAUCCUAAAGACACACCACCCCCGACACGAGUGGAAACAAAGGAUGAACGAAAAGAACGGAAGAGGAAGGAGAGGGCUGAACAGAUUGCUUACAAACUGGAACAGGACCUGGCACUGUGGGACCCAAACAACAACCCGAUCAGCACAACAGACCCAUACAAGACCCUAUUUGUUGCCAGAAUUAAUUUCGACACAAGCGAAUCCAAACUACGCAGAGAAUUUGAAGUCUAUGGACCCAUCAGAAAAAUCUGCAUGCUUACAGAUAAAAUAAGUGGGAAGCAGCGUGGCUAUGCCUUCAUCGAGUAUGAACAUGAGCGGGACAUGCAUUCUGCUUACAAGCAUGCAGAUGGAAAGAAAAUUGACGGUCGGCGGGUGCUUGUCGACGUGGAGAGAGGGAGGACAGUAAAAGGCUGGCAGCCAAGGCGCCUGGGCGGAGGUCUUGGGGGCACCAGGAAGGGAGGACCUGAAGAGAACACAAGGUUCUCCGGCCGGGACGAAUACAGAGAGCGUGACAGUUCACGGGAGAGAGGAGGCGGAGGAGGAGGCGGAGGCGGAGGCGGAGACCGAAGAGGACGACCUAGGAGCAGAUCCCGGGAGAGACGUCCACGCUCUCGCAGUCGUGAGAGGGACGCAACAAGGAGGAGAAGCAGAAGUAGGGAACAUAGGAGGGGCAUCGAUGAAGAUGAGGACAGGGGCAGGAAGAGGGCAAGGCGGAGUAGAUCUCGAGAGCGAAAGAGGAGCAGAUCACGAGACAGGGACCGCAAACGUUCACGUCGUAGUAGGAGCCGUGAUCGUGGUGACCGUCGUCGUGACAGACAGGAGGGCCAGCCGGAUGAAAUAAUGCAGGACAUGCCCCUCGACUUUGAUGGAAAGAUUCUCAUAAAACAAGAGGAUCAGAACAAGGGCUACCCCGAUGAAGAGCCUAAUGGGUUCCCUCGUGAGUUCCGAGAGGAAACUGAUGAUGACCGAGAGCGAGAGCAAGAGCAGUUCCCAACAGAGGAGGAAAGACCCAAAGAUGACAGGGCAGAGGAGGAACAGGAAUACCAACAAUGAAUACCGGACAGCCAGACUUGAACCAGUCAAACAUUUAUGUGAACACUUUCUUUUGAACAUGUUUCUGGUGUCCCCAAUUUAUUGUUCAAAAGAAAAAUGUCCAAUUUUAAAAUCUGAACCAGUCUUGAAAUAAAACAAAUAAAAUGGAAGUACUUAUAAAAUGUGGACACUUCUUUUUGGAACUUAGAAAAUUUGCCUGUGGUAUCGCUUAAUAAUUGUUUAGGGAUGACUGCAUUGGUCAUUUGUGUAUAGUUUCCAGACCAUAUUGAAGUGGGUGUUGUUUUGUGACCUAGAUAAGCACCUGUUUACACCAUCCUGAAACACUUAACACACUACAUUUUGUGAUAUGUGCAUGUAUUGCUUUUUAAUGUUUUUAUUUCAAUUUUAAUCUGUUUAAAGACAAUCUUCAAAUUUCUUUGCUCUAUGUGAUCCGCUGAGCAGUAAUCACAGGUGAUAAGUGACUGUCUCCACUGUGGAUUUGUAACACCUGUUCUGAGACAUGUACAGAUGUCAAUUAAUUUCUCCUUUAUACAUUUCCUUGAGAAAAACAAUCAUUUUCAACAGGUAAGAGGGAAAGUCAAAAUAAAAUCCUUGUUAGAAUUUCUAGCUUGUUAUUGUGUACAGCACAAACUAUUGGAUUUCAAUUAUUGUACCAUUGAUUGAAAAACCUGUCCAUGAUAGUCCAAGUGUGAGGACUAAAGAGGUCUCUAAUGCAAGGGAGCUUUGAACAGCCUGUCAUCAAUUCAAUGUUAAUGUACAGACCACCGAGUAUUGGACGGGGUUUACGAGGGGAUGGCAUGUGUUAGCCAUGUUGGUCCAUCGUACCCUGUAAAUGUAUAACGAGGAAACACAGAAAAUGGUGGAAUAGACGGGGAUGGUACCAGAAACCAUGUUUAGGAUCUGUUGGGGGGGAUUGAAAAUAGAUCAAUUAAAAAUUAAAAUGUAUAUAAAAUUAAGACAUUAAAAGUCUUUAAAUUUACACUGGAUAAUGUUUAGCAGUGAGAAAUCUGCCUCGUAUUAUACUGUAUAUGGUUUGAUGUUAUCGAUGUUUAACCAUUGUUUAUGUACUGUACUUCAAUGCAAUAGAUGAUUCAAUCAUCCUUCACUGUCAUAUCUCAUCACUGACAUCAUUCUCAUCAUCGUUCCUGUCAUCUACAGGUCAUCUCUCACCAUCAACAGAUCCACUAUCACAGAGUUUAUAUGUACCGAGAACGAGACUUCCAGUAGAGUAGUUUACAUAUCUGUGAGUUAACAUCAUAU